AUGCAACCGCCCGGACCUCAUUCGCCUGGAAGAAGGAGGCCCGGCACGAGGGAGCAGUGUCCCUUUGUUCGGGCAUCCGCUCUCGCUUGCAAGAUGCAGCUUCAUCUCAUUGUCGAGCCGUGCCAGCGAACUAGACGAGAAGCGACAGAUCCACCAGAGCACGUACUGCGUCACAGGGCCUCAUCCAUCAAGCAAACGUCGCUGAACCUACCGAUGCCGCAGCUUCGGCUUCAAAUCAAGAGCGCAUACGUUGACGAUGUGCCGACGUUCUCGGAAGGCGAGCCAGAGCCCCUCACUUUCAGGACAGCGCGUCCCACGGCCAUGUCGAGGCCCAAGCCCGUCUUUCUGCGCCAAGCACCGAUCCCACGUUUGCCAGAACAAAGGGACCUGAACGAUAAUUUGGCGGUGGCUAGCGUCGAAUCGUGCUUUCGACCAGGGUCCACGCCGCGGCCAGGUGCAGGAAAUUCGUCCACGUCGAGUUCUGCGCAACGCGGCAUCUUGCGUCCGGCCAUCAAGCGCCGCGGCAACACCUCGACUGCCCGGAGGCGGGUCCAUUUUCAAACCGACCUCGACGAUAGGGACCGAUUCACCAAUGCGCCCUCAACGCCGCGGCAUCCAUCUCUCGUCAGUGCCUCGUCGGAACCUGUGAAAGUCAAGCUCGAGGACGAAGAUGGAUUGGGCACUUGCCUCGGCGCGCCGGCGGGUGGCAACGAAGUAGACUCUCUGGAUCACGGGAGCAGGGCAGAGGCAAAUCCUCUGUUUUUUGCUCCAGACGAGCCUGCGUGGCAACACGAAGAGGCUGCGACGAGCCCGAGAAGAAGGACAAAGGGCCGUCGCCGCAAGGUCGGAGUGUGGCGUCAGCGCUGGCGCUCUUUCCUCCGGUUCUCAGCUCAAGGCCAUCGUGCCCGGGCUUGUAGAGGCAGCCGCGGAGCAGCUGUCCCUCUGUGCCCACUUGUGAGGCGCGCUUAUCGCAUGCGCGUUGCGGCCAGUGGCACAGCUGAAGUGCUUGAGAAGCGGCGUGGAAGAGCUCCCACACAAUGUGGGUGCUGCAUAGGCCCAGGCAUGUCCAGGGGCUUGUUCGCCAAACUGCUCGAGGUGCCAUUGUGCCCUGCGGGAGAAUCCGCUGUCCAGCGCAGGGGACCCGUGAGUCGUGCCGUGCGAGGGCCUAAGCUUCGUCGUAAGGCACAAACUCUGCGAAAGGCUAAGCGCACAUGCCCCCCCACCAGCGUACCUUCGAUUGUAGUCGCACCCGCGACGGAGGCGCUGAGUUCCGACCCGGCGAAACCACCGCCUCGCACACUUCCUGUACGGCAGCUGUCCUUGAUGUACUGCGCGACCAACGUUGGCGAUUUUAUGAUGUAUGCGUCGGCAAUGCUGGGCAGCUGCAGACACAUGCUACACUUUCCGCCCCUCCAGCUGCUCAGCGGGCUGCGUGCCCUGGCACACGAGCUGCUGCAGCGCUCGCAACCGAUCCGCGAUGCAGAGCAUCAGAUUGCAGCUCACGGAAGAAGCACGAUCCGCAGACUGCGUGAUUUGCUCAAACACAUCCUUGUCGCAACGCAGAUCACCAAACUCCUGCCUGCCAAGGUUACCUCCAACAUGUGGGAGCAGUCGCGCUGCAUCAGUCUCGCCAAGGUAGAUGCCAUCAAGAGGCUGCUCGACCGUGCUCUGCUGCCGCAGCCAGCAGGCUUGCCAUCGGCCAAGAGUGAGAAGCUCAAAGUGCCGAGUGCAUCGACGCAACAUCUCCUUGUCCCUGCUCGAACUCGAUGA